GAACCCAUUGGAAAGAAGAAGUGCGGUAAGGCCACUUUUGUAUUCCAUUUUGGGGUAAGUUGUAAUUGCAAUUUAUGUUUAGCAGACGCGCUUAUCCAGAGGAAGUUACAGUAGUUGAGUGUGUACAUCUUUAUACUGGUCCCCCAUGGGAAUUGAACCCACAACCUUGGCGUUCCAAGCGCCACGCUCUACCAACUGAGCUACACGAGACUAGAUAAGUGUUUGUUGUAUGUACUUUAUGUAGAAAAUAUAAUAUGGAUGAGCACUGACGUGAAAUAGAAACAUGAAUUAGGAGAAAACAUUUCCAGCCGUAGUAUCUUACUACCUCACUACAUUUCUCAACUGAGAUUUGAGCGCCCUCUAGCUGUGAUGUUGGAUAUGCGCUCCAUUAUUUUCGAAAAAGAUUUGUAUGUAAAGAUUUAGGAUUGUAGUAAGACUGUAGUAGGUCAAUCAUAUAUUUAAUUUCUUGAAGUUAGAUACAUACCAUUACUUCUAAAAAGUGUUUUUUGUAAAGAGUUUUUCCCUUUCUUUGUUAAUCUAACCAACCCAUCCAUGUCAAGUUUCAAGUUUCAGUUUCAAUUUCCUUCAUUUUCCUCCAUCAGGCAUUGUGGAGAGAGCGACUACUUUCCUAAAGAGAGGUAGUAACAGACUCAUGCUUGGCCGUGCUCUGUGUGUGGCCCCGGGUUGCUAGCCAUCCAUUUGGCCCUUACCUGGCCCCUACCAGGCCCCUGUCUGCUGGGCCUUUAGCUGGGAUGUGGGUCUGAGGUGGGACUGGGCAGUGCAGAGUAGAGCGGUGGAAGGACCUGGUCCCAGAUCUGUAUGUGCUCAGCCAACACCUCUGUUUCAGCCAACGCAAAUACAGGUCUGGGACCAGGCUAGGGAAGGUUGUGGUAGAGAGGGCAGGGUGGGACAAGCUUGGUGCUCACUCUGUGUGAUGUGCAUGGCAGUGUGUUAGCUUUGUCAAGAGAGCACCAGAUGGUGUGUGUCUUACUGUACACCCCGCCCAACUCCCUUUGCUACUGUGCUGAAAUCAACCCUGUCUUGGUUGUGGGAAUUAACUGUCACCUUGAUAGAUGUGCAUGCGGUACCACAACAACAACAACAACAACAACACCCUCCUCAUUCUGUGUCGUGGGGUAUCAGACAUGACAGUUUUCAUAAUAUAUAAUAUCUAGUAAGUUUGGAAGCACCUACUUGUACGAUUAAUUUAGAGACUUGAUGCAGGAUGGUGUAAAUACAAGGCUCAAUUUCUGGAUGGAAUCCUUUUUGGGAUUGUACGGUUGUGAAUUUAGAGGAUAUUAUGAGUGCAUUCCACAGUUAGUUUUGGUAAUCAUCCCACCAAGUGCACAUCACAGAGCAGGUCCUCUUGUUGUGCUAACCUACAGCGUUGUGGUAGUGUAGGUGUCGGGUGUCCUUGUGGCGGGUUGUCUCUGUCUCUGUGGCAGCCAUGUUUGUGAUUGGCAAACCCUCCUUCCUGUCCUGUCCUCUCUCCCAACAUCUCCCUCUCAGACCCUCCUUCCCUCUGCUCUCUGACCACCAUUUUUCUAAAAUCACAUCUGCUUCCUCUUCGUCCUCGUCCUCCCCCUCUGGCUCGCUCUGCUCUCUGUCGUGUGGUGGCAGGUAGAGGGGUCAGCGCUACAUGUCUGUCUGUGUGCUCUGUGCCCCUCCCUGCAGGAGACUCCAGCGCAGCUGACCCUCUGCUCCUGGACCAGUAUGUGGCCGUCACUGACUAUGAGAAGCAGGAGAGCUCUGAGAUCAGCCUGCACGUGGGACAGACGGUGGAGGUCAUCGAGAAGAAUGAGUCUGGUACGAGACCUGGGUCAGAUGGAGGGAGUCUUUAGCUUAACGACUGAGGGUUGUGCCCCAAAUGGCACUCUAUUGCCUAUAUAGUGGUGGGCCUAUGAGCCCUGGUCAAAACUAGUCCACUAUUUGUAUUUGUAUUUGUACACCACUGCAUAUCUACAAUACAACAUGUAUAAUACCACCAUACAACAAUAUUACAAUGUAUGUGUGUGUAGAGUGUGUGUGCUAGCGCUUGUGUGCGUAUGCGUCACUAUAAAGAGAGUAGGGUACCAUUUGGGACAGAACCGGAGUCCUGGCGCCCUUAACGUAAUUUAUAAAGACAUCACACUGUCUCUAACUGUUUUUGCCCUAAUCAACUGAAAGAAUGUUAUCAUACUUGAAGGAACGCCUAAGAUACAGGUGUACCAAGACAACUACAUAAUGCUAUCACGAUGUCUUCAGAACCUUCCAAACAGACAACUGCCAAAUAGCAGAAUAAGGUAUCACGUUGUCUUCAGAACCUUCCAAACAGACAACUGCCAAAUAGCAGAAUAAGGUAUCACGAUGUCUUCAGAACCUUCCAAACAGACAACUGCCAAAUAGCAGAAUAAGGUAUCACGAUGUCUUCAGAACCUUCCAAACAGACAACUGCCAAAUAGCAGAAUAAGGUAUCACGAUGUCUUCAGAACCUUCCAAACAGACAACUGCCAAAUAGCAGAAUAAGGUAUCACGUUGUCUUCAGAACCUUCCAAACAGACAACUGCCAAAUAGCAGAAUAAGGUAUCACGAUGUCUUCAGAACCUUCCAAACAGACAACUGCCAAAUAGCAGAAUAAGGUAUCACAAUGUCUUCAGAACCUUCCAAACAGACAACUGCCAAAUAGCAGAAUAAGGUAUCACAAGGUCUUCAGAACCUUCCAAACAGACAACUGCCAAAUAGCAGAAUAAGGUAUCACGAUGUCUUCAGAACCUUCCAAACAGACAACUGCCAAAUAGCAGAAUAAGGUAUCACGUUGUCUUCAGAACCUUCCAAACAGACAACUGCCAAAUAGCAGAAUAAGGUAUCACAAUGUCUUCAGAACCUUCCAAACAGACAACUGCCAAAUAGCAGAAUAAGGUAUCACGUUGUCUUCAGAACCUUCCAAACAGACAACUGCCAAAUAGCAGAAUAAGGUAUCACGUUGUCUUCAGAACCUUCCAAACAGACAACUGCCAAAUAGCAGAAAAGGUAUCACGAUGUCUUCAGAACCUUCCAAACAGACAACUGCCAAAUAGCAGAAAAGGUAUCACGAUGUCUUCAGAACCUUUCAAACAGACAACUGCCAAAUAGCAGAAUAAGGUAUCACGUUGUCUUCAGAACCUUCCAAACAGACAACUGCCAAAUAGCAGAAAAGGUAUCACGAUGUCUUCAGAACCUUCCAAACAGACAACUGCCAAAUAGCAGAAUAAGGUAUCACGAUGUCUUCAGAACCUUCCAAACAGACAACUGCCAAAUAGCAGAAUAAGUUCUAUAUCGUGGAGCUCCGCCCCAUAGGGGAGCUCUGCUCCUAGUGGUUUACCCUCUGCCCUAAGGCAGCAGCAGCCUGAGACAAAAUUAUGCACACACCUACAGCCAAUAGGAGUACAGGUGUCCCUAUAAGAGGGGGUGCCUCCCCUCAAUCAGCCUCGCUGACUAGACUGAAGAGCCAAGAAGAGACGAAGCACGAAGACUCAGGACGAAAACGCUGUUGAUAUUCCAGUCAUCAACGUCGUCUAAAUGAGCACACCGGGAGAAUUUCCACCCCCAAAAGCUCUUUUCAGAGCUCAGUGCAGAUGCACUUCCAUGGCGGCCGGUGACCACCACGACUUAUGUUUCGUGUGUUUGGGAUCCCAGCAUGCCAAGGAAGGCGUCUGCAGUCCCCCGAAUUGCGCCUCCUGCGCCCUCCUUUCUUUAAAGGAGAGGAAGCAGCGUUGGGCGUUUUUCAGGGAGGACAUCCCCCUUGAGGAUGUGUUGUCGAUACUAGCCUCUGCUUCAGAGGCGUCGUCCGACGGCGCAGACUCGGGGGAAGAUGGGGAUUUUGAGGAAGGGUCUGGCAUUCCAAUGGAACAGUCGGACCCCGUCCCUCAUACUUUCAAGCCCCCCUUUCCUUUGGAGAGCGAGAGGGCUUGUAGUCCCUAUAGCGAAGGGGAUACGAGCUCUGAGAGAUCAGAAGCUCUCUCUUUCGCUGCAGCCUCUCUGAGAGCGGAUUUUCCGGGUCUCAUUGAGAGAGCUGCUCAACGGCUGGCAAUAGAGCUGCCCCCUCUUCCCUCCGCACCGGAGGUUGAUAUGAUGGAGGGCGGUCCUUAUUCCAGGCCAAGGAAGGCGGCAGAGCCAGUGGCUCCUGCCAUGCCUUCUUUGGCUAGGUACGUUGGAGGCUCGUGGGAGGCACCUUUAGCGGCGCGUUUCGCCUGUAAAAGCGUAUCUCCCAUUCACGAGAGUGGAAGGAAGGCUUCAGGGUCAGGGAAUCCCCAGGUUAGAGAGCGCCAUGGCGGCGUAUCUCGUACCGGGUUCGAGCCCUUGGCCCUCUUCCAAGAAGGCCACGUUGCCAUCCCAGAAGGACCGACUCACAGCGUCGCUGUUAGAGAAGUCUUUUGGGUUGGGAGCCCAAGCUGUAGCAGCAGCUAACAACAUUGCCCUCUUGGCGGCCUCUCUGUCCCGUUUAACCACGGGUAAGACAGAGAUGGCACCGGAGGAGGUGGAGGAGGCGUCCAGAAUUUCUGGCGCCAUAUUCCACCUUACACAGGCAUCCGCAGUCUGCGCGGGGAGAUCCAUGGCCACUUCGGUGGUCGGGGAACGACACCUCUGGUUGUCUUUGACUUCCAUGAAAGAGGCAGACAGGACGUCUCUCUUGAACGCCCCCCUCUCUGACGACGGCCUCUUUGGGGUCGCAGUCAAAGAGGCGACGGAGCGUUUUUCGAAGUUGGAGGAGGAGAAGAAGCAGUUGGCCAAGCACCUGCCGUUGGCAGGACGACUCGGCCCCCCUCCUCCCCAAAGGCCAUCUACCUCCGCCCCUCUAAGUAGACCGGGGUCUACGACGAGGCGGCGUAAUCGGCGUCAUCUGGCGGCCACGAGCAGCAAGGGAGCGGGCUCGGCCCUCCCAGCAGCUACGGUAGCCCCACUACAGCCGGCGAGGGAGGUGACGAGGACGCCGACCUGGCCCUCCAAGGGAGGCAAGAGGAGGCGUACGUGACGGGACGCGGGGGAGAGGAUGGAGGACGCAUCGAUGGUGUCGAACGCGCCCACUGUUCCCCCCCACCCUUCGGUUGAAGGGACGGGUGCUGAUGUAAAUGCUUUUGUUGAUGUGUUUAAUAAAGAGUUGGCUCCACCUGACUUUGUCAAAAAAGAGCCUCUUUUCCAUAAUACGUCCGAGAGCGUUCAAAUCUCACCCUCUCUUCCUUACCACUCUAAGAGCCGUUCAGCCCACCGAGGGUGCGUUGCUGAACAGGCACUAAGAGUAGGUAUCCAGAAGACCUCAAUCAGGUCGUCACAUCACACUUCACGUAUAAGAAGUGCUUUACAUAGAAGGCAGCAGUCCCGGUCAGAUUCUGACAUGAGGACGCAGCCGCUAUUUGGGGAUGGCGCACUAGUACAGACUAAGGUCUCCACUAGUACGAGCCAGACCCAUGCUGCGUUCACAGAGGGCCCGAUUAUCGCGGUCACCAAGGUGCCCAGAGUAUCGGCGCCCCCAGGCAUUGUAACACAGCAGCUAUCUGGGGACGGCGCAUUAUCGCAGACCAAGGUCUCGGUUAAUGCGAUUCAGACCCAUGCUACGUUCACGGAGGGCAGGAUUACUAGCGUUAUGGGUAUAACCAAAGUAUCAGCUCCCCUGACAGAACGAGCCAGUACUCACCACACUGAGCGUGAAUCAACCCACCAGGGGUGCAGAGUUGAACACACACAGAAGGUGAAAGUUAAGAAGGUAUCAAGGCGCCGCCUUGUUUUACCUCAUAGAGACCUCAUACUACAGACUUCUAGGAGUACUGUAGUGAAGGGCUCUGAUAGCGAAUUGCAGUCACCUAAGAUGACGCAAUCGCUUGCUGGGGAUGGUGCCCUGCCGCAGGCUGUGGCCUCGGUCAGUGCAAUUCAGACCCGCGAUGCGUUCAAGGAGGGCAGGAAUACGACGGUUACGGGUUUAACCGACGUCCCUACUCCUCUUUCUUUCUCAGAACGCAUUUCCUCUCCCUUUCACGGGAGGCCCACCUUGGGCUGUUCCACCACUUCAAUGUUGGGGAACAGUGGCGGUAAGGGCCAUAGAGGAAUACAGGUCCUUCCUACUGGAUGCACCACAGCUUCGCGCCCAGCCACUUUCUCUGCAUUGCUGGCAGUGGCGAAGAAGCUGCACCCUCUCACGCUGGCUAGAACAGACGUUGCAGAAGGGUUAUGCUCUCCAAUUCCACCGGACCCCACCCCCGUUCAGGGGAGUGGUGGAGACGGUGAUGAAAAUGCCAGACAAAGUGGCCGCUCUGAUGACAGAGAUUACAGAACUUUUGGCGAAGGAGGCGGUGACAGUAGUUCCCCGGGAGCAAAGGAACAAAGGGCUAUAUUCGCCUUAUUUCCUAGUGCCCAAAAAGACGGGGGGAGUGAGGCCGAUUUUGGAUUUACGCAUUCUCAACGAGAGCAUAACCAAACGGCCCUUCCGAAUGCUAACGACAAAACGUCUGCUGGAAUGUGUCCAGAGAGGGGACUUUUGUACGAGCAUAGACCUAAAGGACGCGUACUUUCAUGUGCCGGUUCAGCCGCGUCACAGGAAGUUUCUGCGGUUCGCCUUUCAAGGGGUGGCGUACGAAUACACGAGGAUGCCAUUUGGGUACGCCCUGGCACCUCGCACAUUUUCCAAGUGUGUGGAGGCGGCAUUGGAACCGUUGCGUCGUCAGGGAAUACGGCUACUAGCCUACCUGGACGACCUACUGGUUCUCGCCCCGUCAGCAGAGCUGGCGAUCACUCACACAACACAGACAGUGAUGCAUCUCACAAGUCUGGGGUUUGCUGUGAAUUGGAAAAAGAGCGCGCCCUGGCCCACUCAUCAGAUUGUCUACCUGGGGAUACAGCUAGACACUGUGAGGAUGAGGGCUCGAAUUCCGGACCCCCGAAGGGUAGCCUUGUUGCUAGCCCUAAGGAAGUGUCGUCCGAAUCACACGGUGACGGCGCUGUCGAUCAUGUCACUUUUGGGUCUCAUGUCGUCAGCCCACUCUGUGGUUCCGCUGGGACUCCUGCACAUGCGCAGGACGCAGCGAUGGUUCGCCCAACUAAGACUAGACCCAUUGCGUCAACGUCAUCGGUUGGUGGUGGUUCCCCUCUCGCUCAGUGCAGACCUAAACUAUUGGAGAAACUCGCGCGUUCUCACGCACGGAGUCCCGAUAGGAAAGGUGUCCUCUCACAUCCCAGUAUUCACGGAUGCGUCCCUGACGGGAUGGGGAGGGACAUGUCAGACACAAGCGAUAGGAGGUGUGUGGCCUCAAUCAGGUCGUCACAUCAACCUCCUGGAGUUGGAAACGGUUCGACUGGUUCUGACCCACUUCGCGUCUACCCUUCGGGGUCGCGAUGUGCUGGUCUGGUCAGACAACCGGACCACAGUAGCCCACAUAAAUCGCCAGGGUGGAGUCAGGUCUCCUGCUCUUCAUCGGGCGGCAGAGGAAUUGUGGCUGUGGGCUCACGAGCACCUUCGCUCAUUGAGAGCAGCACACAUUCCGGGCUACUUGAACGUAGGAGCAGACCUCAUGUCAAGAGGGGGUCCUCGAGACGACGAGUGGUGUCUGCAUCCAGACAUUGUUCUCCAGAUUUGGGAACAAUUCGGGAGAGCCGAGGUGGACCUAUUCGCGUCACGCGUGAACGCGCAAUGUCCUCUGUGGUUCUCUCUGAGGGAACAGGACGAACCGCCACUGGGAAGGGACGCCUUUGCCCACCAACCAUGGCCGAGAGUUAUCCUGUAUGCAUUCCCUCCACUGUCCUGCAUUCUCCCACUGCUAGCCAGGGUGAGGUCAGGGGGGCUGUCAGUGAUACUGAUAGCGCCCGAUCGCCCGGGGGCUCCGUGGUUUGCGGAGAUGAGUCAGAUGUUGAUUGCGCCACCUUGGCCAAUUCCACGUCGACGGGACGCGUUGUCUCAGGCGGCUGGCACGAUAGGGAAAUUGCCCAUAAUCGGCCAACCACUGAAGGCCUGGCUGCUGAGAGGGACAGGCUAGAGCGCCGUGGGUUAUCUGAUGCAGUGAUCAGGACCAUACAGGGUUCACGUGCCAGUUCCACUUCUAAGAUGUAUGCCAGUAGAUGGAACGUGUUUUCACGAUGGUGUGUCACACAAGGUGUGGACCCCAUGAGCUGUCAGGUGGAGAGUAUUCUCUCUUUUCUGCAGCUUAUGUUUGAUAAGCAAAAAUCGCCUGCCACGAUUAGAGUGUUUGCAGCAGCGAUUUCAGCUUGUCAUGAGGGUUUGUCUUUAGUCACCCUCUAGUGAAACGCUUCCUAUUAGGAACGCGACGACUUAGGCCAACACCUAGAGUCACGCUUCCUCAGUGGGAUUUGGCUUUGGUACUCGAAGCGCUAUGUAAGUCGCCGUUCGAGCCAUUGAAUCAAAUACCCCUCAAGAUGCUGUCUAUCAAGACAGCACUGUUGCUCGCUUUGACUACAGCUAAGCGGGUCAGUGAUUUGUGUGCUCUUUCGACGAGACCUGACUGCCUGGCCAUCAAUGGUGACCUGAGCAGAGCAGUGUUACGUCCUAACCCGGCAUUUGUGCCUAAGGUUAUUAAGAGUUCAUAUAGGUCACAGACCGUGGAGCUGUGGGCUUUUUCUCCUCCUCCUCAUAGAGAGAGGAGUGAGGAGAAGCUCCAUCGCCUGUGCCCGGUACGCGCUUUGGCGUGUUACGUCGAGCGCACAGCAGCGAUUAGGUCAUCGCCUCAGUUGUUUGUGUGUCACGGUGCGGCUGCACUAGGUAGACCACUUUCAAAACAGAGGCUGUCUCACUGGCUUUGUGAAGGCAUUGAGACAGCUUAUGAGGUAGCAGGGCGGCAAUUGCCUCAGGGUAUCAGAGCUCACUCCACUCGUGGAGUAGCGGCUUCUACUGCCCUUUUUAGAGGAACAGGAGUAGAGGAUAUCUGUAGAGCAGCAUCCUGGUCGACGCCGUCUCCAUUUAUCCGUUUCUAUCUCUUAGAUAUGUCUUCUAAUUCUCUGGCUCGAUCUGUACUCAGCGUGGCUGAAGGGAGAUCUUGAGCAAGAAAGAGAGGAGAAGCAGGACUGUGGACACAGGUUUCCAUCAGGUCCGCUUUGGUUAGAAAGACGUGUUUUUGACAGAUGUGUUUUCUAACUCUUUGGCUCGGUCUGUACUCAGCAUAGCUGAAGGGAGAUCUGGAGUUAGGAAGAGAGGGAAAAGCAGGACUAUGGACAGGGUUUCCAUCAGGUCCGCUUUGGAUAAGAAAACAUAUUUUGUGGCAUGAAUCCUGACUGACAGGGUCAGUACAGUAGAGGCAUGCGUUGAUUAACAUAAUGUGAGGUCAUCUAUCUGCUUCUUCAGUUAGUAUGACUCAUGUUUUUGUUCCUGCCCACUAAUCUCUGGGAUUCCAUUGAGUGAGUGAGGCGGUCUACCGUGUUACAAUAUAGAGUGACACUUGGUGUCAUUCCAUUAGUGGUCGGUAGUGUUUUCACAGGAUAUUGAGGCACAUGUAUCUGCUAGUACAGAUUAGUAUGGCUUCUAUUCUGGUGAUCUGCCCACUAGUCAUUGGCAUUGCCAUUGGACUAGGUGGGGCGGGUCUUUUAACCGAUGACGCGGUAUAUUGUGACGCCCGUAGGGGUUUUUAGUUGCAGUACUGCGGGACUCGGUUGCAGCCAUUGCUAGGCUUGACUUUCUCGUUUCGAUGGGAAGUGUUAGGCUCGGCAGGGAGUACAUUUUGGAGCGCUACGCUCCGCCUUAAACCACUAGGAGCAGAGCUCCCCUAUGGGGCGGAGCUCCACGAUAUAGAACGAUUAGUUACCGGAGUGUAACUCCAGUUCUAUGAGUGGAGCGGAGCCCCAUAGGACUUAAGGCCCUGCCGACCCUCUCUAGUCUCGCUGAAGAAAAAUAUCUCGGGAGGCUGAUUGAGGGGAGGCACCCCCUCUUAUAGGGACACCUGUACUCCUAUUGGCUGUAGGUGUGUGCAUAAUUUUGUCUCAGGCUGCUGCUGCCUUAGGGCAGAGGGUAAACCACUAGGAGCAGAGCUCCCCUAUGGGGCUCCGCUCCACUCAUAGAACUGGAGUUACACUCCGGUAACUAAUCGGUAUCACGUUGUCUUCAGAACCUUCCAAACAGACAACUGCCAAAUAGCAGAAUAAGGUAUCACGAUGUCUUCAGAACCUUCCAAACAGACAACUGCCAAAUAGCAGAAUAAGGUAUCACGUUGUCUUCAGAACCUUCCAAACAGACAACUGCCAAAUAGCAGAAUAAGGUAUCACGUUGUCUUCAGAACCUUCCAAACAGACAACUGCCAAAUAGCAGAAUAAGGUAUCACGUUGUCUUCAGAACCUUCCAAACAGACAAGGCCAAUCCAAGACCCAGAGAGAGCCUCUGCUGUGUGUCUGACUGUUCUGUGUUUCUGUGUGUGUUUUGCUUUCUGUGUGCAGGUUGGUGGUUUGUUAGUUCAGACGAGGCCCAGGGCUGGGUCCCUGCCACCUGCCUGGAGGCCCAGGAUGACCCUGAUGACUUCUCCCUGCCCGGCGAGGAAGGUAACUCUCUCCAUCUGUCACACUGCCCUAGGCCACAUUCAGAAUCAAAACAAACUGUAACUACAGAUCAACGCUGGCAGGCUUAGGUCACAGCUCACAGUCUGAGAGUCAACAGCUCAAGGCUUGCUGCCAAGUCAUAAUGAUGCAAAAUAGUAUGCGUCCUGUCAUUGAUUAAGAUGUAGGAGAAAUGUGGAACUGUAAUGAAUAAAUCUUGGAAACAGGAUGCUCAGAGACUCUUGAAAUCUCUACAGUACUUGUAUUGGCAUUACAAAAUACUAUUGUGUGUUUGUGUGUGGAAGGGGGGGGGUUGUUGCAAGAUAACAGUGGGAAGAGGACCCAGAUAACCAAAGGGAAAAUGACCUCUGACAUUCCAUCUGUUCACACAGUUCUAAUCACCAUCAGCUGUCACUGUCUGUCUAUUAGAACCAACCAAACACAAAGCGGAGUAUUCACUUCCUGUGUACUUACUUCCUACUUCCUGCUGCCCACUGUGCUCUGCGUCAGUGUCCUGGAGAUACUGGUCACUGCUGAAACACGUGGGCCGCCGGCGAACAUUAGGGGAUCUGUUCAGCACAGGCACAGGCUUUGGGCAAGGUGGAGCGCACGCCUCUUUUCCCCCUAAUCGUCAUGUGUGUGUAGAAUGUCAUGUUUAGCAUGCAAAUCCUGUGCAUAACCAACCCAAGCACGGAGAGUGAUGCAAGACAUGCACGUGUGUAGUGUGGCAUGGAUUAGAAUGGAUGCUACCGCUAUGUUAGAAUGGAUGCUACCGCUGUGUUAGAAUGGAUGCUACCGCUAUGUUAGAAUGGAUGCUACCGCUAUGUUUGAAUGGAUGCUACCGCUAUGUUAGAAUGGAUGCUACCGCUAUGUUAGAAUGGAUGCUACCGCUAUGUUAGAAUGGAUGCUACCGCUAUGUUAGAAUGGAUGCUACCGCUAUGUUAGAAUGGAUGCUACCGCUAUGUUAGAAUGGAUGCUACCGCUAUGUUAGAAUGGAUGCUACCGCUAUGUUUGAAUGGAUCCUACCGCUAUGUUAGAAUGGAUGCUACCGCUAUGUUUGUAUUAUUUGUUCUCUCGAUGGAAUGCAGCGGGAAAAAGCUCAGUUUUUCUCACUUUGUUAUUUCAGUGAAAUUAAUAUGAUAUAUUUUAAAUUGUUUGUUCCUUCUAAAUACACUAUCUGUUUAACAAUCACUUUAAUUCAGUUGACUUAAAACAGACCCGUUAUAGAUUAGGUAUUAAAACCUAAUCUAUUUGAAGUAGGUUUUGUAAUCUUAGUUGUAAUGCUGUCUUGUUUGUGUGUGCUUAAUGUUGGUGGAGAGAUGUUUUGUGUUGCAUGAUGUGUGUUGCACAUCUUCUCACUCCACAGGAUAGAUCCUGCCCAGGCUCUGUCUACAAGGACACACUCACUGUUACCCUGGUUUAGACCAGUUACCAGUUUAUGAUCUGGGAGUGGUGUACUGGGGGCUAACACACUACAUUCACUAGCAGAUAGUGGGAGGCUAGGGUUUUAGGAUUUGGUAUGAGGAAAGAACACUAUCAAUUGUUUUCCAUAGAUAGUCAAAAGAGAUUAGUCCCAACUACUCGCUCUCAACAUGCCAUCAUGUGCUGUCCCUGCCAAGUUGUUGAUUCCAUCUGCUUGAUUGACGUUCUUGUGAAAGUUAGUAUGCUAGACGUAAAAAAUACAUCACCUAAUGUCAUGUAUUCUUUGCCGUUUCCAGAGGAGAAGUACACAGUGAUCUACCCGUACGCAGCGCGAGACCAAGACGAGAUCGACCUGGAAAGUGGCAUGACGGUGGAGGUCAUCCAGAAGAACCUGGAGGGCUGGUGGAAGAUCAGGUAAAACACAGAACCCUACGAACGUGUCUGUAGGCUGUGUGUGCAUGUGAAUGUAAUUUAGUGUAUGAAUGUGUAUGUGUGUCAGAGUUGGUUGCUCCCUUUGUACCAAAUAAGGCCUUUGUAGUUGUUGUUGUUGUGUUUCUUUCUAUUGUAGUCGUAACCUCUCUGCUGCUCUCUACAGGUACCAGGGACAGGAGGGCUGGGCCCCGGCGUCCUACCUGAAGAAGGCCGACAUCCUGAGCCAGAAGCUGGCGGCGGGCCACGCCAGCACCAACGAUCUGGACGGAUUCUCCAAGCAGCAGAACCAAGGAGCCAAGGAGAGCAGAGGAGACAACAAGGACCAGAAAGAAAAGGGCUUCUCCCCCUUCGCCAAGCAGCACAGUGAGUGGGAACUAACAACUGUAAACUACAGUAACUUGUUUAACAACAAACAACUGUAACUCUCUACUUCAUGGGAAAUUUCACAUUUUAAAAACGUAAUAUUCAUCAUCUUCAGCACCACCCCAACAUCAACUUAUGUGAAAAUGUAUGAGGCUUUAUAAUGUCUUUGAAUAAUGCCUACCUGCAGGCUUUAAAGGAGAUUUUCAAAAAUGCUCAACUUCAUAUUUAUAUACCAACAUCAACAUACAUCAUGUGAAAAUGGUGUGUUUCGAUGUUCUGUAGUAAAAAAGAUAGAGGAAGAUAAGUGUUUCCAAUGACAUCGUUGGCGUGAGUAGGCUUUGCCUACUAAUUGUCUACUAAUUGGUUGAUGAUGUCAUUGGAAUCACUUAUCUUCCUCUAACAAGUAAUAAAGCCGUAUACAUGCAGGCUUAAGUAAAGUGUUACCAAGACAUCUCAUCUGUAGAAGAGAUGCCUCCUCAGUCUACUCCCUCAGAGACGUUUCUCUGCAAGGCUCUCUAACUCAAUGCCAGAGUAAUGUAAAACAUCUCCCUUUAUUUCUUAGUAAGUAAUUGAGGAGCUGAAUGCCUCCCACAACUACACCUCCAUUAGUGAGGAUCCAUUACACAUAGUUAGAGAGCCGAAGGCCCCGGUCUAUAGAGCUCAUCAGUCUGCAUCUAAUCUCUCUCUCUCAAUUCAAUUUCAAUUUCAAUUUAAGGGCUUUAUUGGCAUGGGCAACGUAUGUUAACAUUGCCAAAGCAAGUGAAGUAGAUAGUAAACAAAAGUGAAAUAAACUAUAAAUAUUAACAGUAAACAUUACACUCAAAAGUUCCAAAAGAAUAAAGACAUUUCAAAUGUCAUAUUAUGUAUAUAUACAGUGUUGUAAAAAUGUGCAAAUAGUUAAAGUACAAAUGGGAAAAUAAAUAAACAUAAAUAUGGGUUGUAUUUACAAUGGUGUUUGUUCUUCACUGGUUGCCCUUUUCUUGUGGCAACAGGUCACAAAUCUUGCAGCUGUGAUGGCACACUGUGUUUUUUCACCCAGUAGAUAAGGGAGUUUAUCAAAAUCGCUGUAAUCUGAGGGACAUAUGUGUCUCUAAUAUGGUCAUACAUUUGGCAGGAGGUUAGGAAGUGCAGCUCAGUUUCCACCUCAUUUUGUGGGCAGUGUGCACAUAGCCUGUCUUCUCUUGAGAGCCAGGUCUGCCUAUGGUGGCCUUUCUCAAUAGCAAGGCUAUGCUCACUGAGUCUGUACAUAGUCAAAGCUUUCCUUAAGUUUUGGUCAGUCACAGUGGUCAGGUAUUCUGCCACUGUGUACUCUCUGUUUAGGGCCAAAUAGCAUUCUAGUUUGCUCUGUUUUUUUGUUUGUUCUUUCCAAUGUGUCAAGUAAUUCUCUUUUUGUUUUCUCAUGAUUUGGUUGGGUCUAAUUGUGUUGUUGUUGUUGUUGUUGUUGUCCUGGGGCUCUGUGGGGUCUGUUUGUGUUUAUGAACAGAGCCCCAGGACCAGCUUACUUAGGGGACUCUUCUCCAAGUUCAUCUCUCUGUAGGUGAUGGCUUUGUUAUGGAAGGUUUGGGAAUCGCUUCCUUUUAAGUGGUUAUAGAACUUAACGGCUAUUUUCUGGAUUUUGAUAAUUAGCGGGUAUUGGCCUAAUUCUGCUCUGCAUUCAUUAUUUGGUGUUUUACGUUGUACACGGAGGAUGUUUUUGCAGAAUUCUGCAUGCAGAGUCUCAAUUUGGUGUUUGUCCCAUUUUGUGAAUUCAUGGUUGGUGAGCGGACCCCAGACCUCACAACCAUAAAGGGCAAUGGGUUCUAUAACUGAUUCAAGUAUUUUUUAGCCAGAUCCUAAUUGGUAUGUCAAAUUUUAUGUUCCUUUUGAUGGCAUAGAAGGCCCUUCUUGCCUUGUCUCUCAGAUCGUUCACAGCUUUGUGGAAGUUACCUGUGGCGCUGAUGUUUAGGCCGAGGUAUGUAUAGUUUUUUGUGUGCUCUAGGGCAACGGUGUCUAGAUGGAAUUUGUAUUUGUGGUCCUGGCAACUGGACCUUUUUUGGAACACCAUUAUUUUUGUCUUACUGAGAUUUACUGUCAGGGCCCAGGUCUGACAGAAUCUGUGUAGAAGAUCUAGGUGCUGCUGUAGGCCCUCCUUGGUUGGUGACAGAAGCACCACAUCAUCAGCAAACAUUAAACAUUUUACUUCAAAUUCUAGUAGGGUGAGGCCGGGUGCUGCAGACUGCAGACUGCCCUCGCCAAUUCGUUGAUAUAUAUAUAUGUUGAAGAGGGAGGGGCUUAAACUGCAUCCCUGUCUCACCCCACGGCCCUGUGGAAAGAAAUGUGUGUGUUUUUUGCCAAUUUUAACCGCACACUUGUUGUUUGUGUACAUGGAUUUUAUAAUGUCGUAUGUUUUUCCCCCAACCCCACUUUCCAUCAAUUUGUAUAGCAGACCCUCAUGCCAAAUUGAGUCAAAAGCUUUUUUGAAAUCAAAAAAGCAUGAGAAGACUUUGCCUUUGUUUUGGUUUGUUUGUUUGUCAAUUAGGGUGUGCAGGGUGAAUACGUGGUCUGUCGUACGGUAAUUUGGUUAAAAGCCAAUUUGAUAUUUGCUCAGUACAUUGUUUUCACUGAAGAAAUGAACUAGUCUGCUGUUAAUGAUAAUGCAGAGGAUUUUCCCAAGGUUGCUGUUGACACAUAUCCCACGGUAGUUAUUGGGGUCAAAUUUGUCUCCACUUUUGUGGAUUGGGGUGAUCAGUCCUUGGUUCCAAAUAUUGGGGAAGAUGCCAGAGCUAAGGAUGACGUUAAAGAGUUUAAGUAUAGCUAAUAUAAAUGUGUGGUCUGUAUAUUUUAUCAUUUCAUUGAGGAUACCAUCAACACCACAGGCCUUUUUGUCCUGUAGUUCAUUCAAUGUAAUUGGAGAAUCCAGUGGGUUCUGGUAGUCUUUAAUAGUUGAUUCUAAGAUUUACAUUUGAUCAUGUAUAUUUUUUUGCUGUUUGUUCUGUUAUUAGGUUGUUUCUUUCUUAGGUUUUUGCAUUCUUCAUCAAACCAUUUAUCACUGUUGUUACUUUUCUUCUGUUUCCUGUUAGAUAUUUUUUAGAUAUGAUAGGGAAGCUGAGAGGUCAAAUAUACUGUUUAGGUUUUCUACUGCCAAGUUUACACCUUCACUAUUACAGUGGAACUUUUUGUCCAGGAAGUUGUCUAGAAUGGAUUGAAUUUGUUGUUGCCUAAUUGUUUUUUGGUAGGUUUCAACACUACUUUCCUUUCAUCUAUAGCAUUUCUUAAUAAUAUUCAGUUCCUUUGGCUUUGAUGCCUCAUGAUUGAGUAUUGCUCUGUUCAAGUAGACUGUGAUUUUGCUGUGGUCUGAUAGGGGUGUCAGUGGGCUGACUGUGAAUGCUCUGAGAGACUCUGGGUUGAGGUCAAUGAUAAAGUAGUCUACAGCACUACUGCCAAGAGAUGAGCUAUAGGUGUACCUACCAUAGGAGUCCCCUCGAAGCCUACCAUUGACUAUGUACAUACCCAGUGUGCGACAGAGCUGCAGGAGUCAUGACCCGUUUUUGUUGGUUAUGUUGUCGUAGUUGUGCCUAGGGGGGCAUAUGGGGGAUGGUGUUUGCCCCCCUGUGUGCUGAGGUUGUCAGGUUCUUGUCCAGUUCUGGCAUUUAGGUCGCCACAGACUAGUAUAUAUCCCUGGGUCUGGAAAUGAUUGAUUUCCCCCUCCAGGAUGGAGAAGCUGUCUUCAUUAAAGUAUGGGGAUUCUAGUGGGGGGAUAUAGGUAGCACACAGGAGGACAUUUUUCUCUGUUGAGAUAAUUUCCUUUUGAAUUUCUAACCAAAUGUAAAAUGUUCCUGUUUUGAUUAAUUUAAUAGAGUGAGUUAGGUCUGCUCUAUACCAAAUUAGCAUACCCCCUGAGUCCCUUCCCUGUUUCACACCUGGUAGUUUGGUGGAUGGGACUACCAGCUCUGUGUAACCUAGAGGGCAACCAGUGGGUCCGUCUCCUCUAUACCAUGUUUGUUUCUCUCUCUAUCUCUCUCUCUCUGAGGAGUUGAUGUCAAUGCAGGCAGUGUUUUGAGACUGAUGGGCUGUGCAGAGAUGCAGCUCACUGGAGUCUGAUAUCCUCUGUCUUUUCCCUUACAGAACAAGGGGCGAGACAGAGACCACCACCACGCAGAGAUCUCACCAUCGUAAGUGCCCUCCACCAACCACUUAACCACACAUCCUGCGACACCAUCAACACUCGUUAACAAAGACAUUUGACUAAAUUAGUUUUGCAUUGAUUUGAUGUGUUGAUCUGCCACAAGUCAAGUCUCGUACUGACCCACUCUUUCUUUCUUCACACCCUCCCUCUCUCCCUCCCUCUAGCCGAGGGGGCAGAACCUGCCCAAGCCGCCCACCCCUCCCCAGGUGGAGGAGGAAUUCUACACCAUUGCAGACUUCCAGACCACCAUCCCAGAUGGCAUCAGCUUCCAGGCUGGGGUCAAAGUGGAGGUGAGACACACGUCACAUUUCAUCACACAUUGGUAGAUGGUUAUUGUUUGAUGGCGAACAGCCUACCAUCUCCCGCCUAGAGAAACCUUUCAGAUUGAAUUGAUAAGUUUGAUUCAAUAUGCAAUACAUUUGUUUACCACAAAAAAGUCAAAACUCAGAGGGAAGUUCAAUUGUUUAAUACCAAAGACGCAACAGCUGUAAUGCGCGCCCCUCGAGUGACGCAGCUGAAUACGUAGCUAGUGGCGCAGCACUCUCUUAUAGCAAAGCUCCCCCCACUCCCAUACAAUGUUAUACUUCAGCAGUUUUCCACUGUGAUUGACUUAGCCCCAUCACCCUGAUUUAAGACCUUUUCAGACAUUUCAAUAGUUUCAACAUCCCUUGGCCCAGUUCCUCAUCUCGUCUGGGUUCCCUAGCCCUUGGGCCCAGUUCCUUGUCUCGUCUGGGUUCUAUAGCUCUUGGGCCAACUUCCACUUCUUGUCCUAUUGUUGCUCCAGAUAACAUAUCGUGGGUCUCUGGUCACAGGGAGUACAUAGACGCUUCUUCAAACCGACACACUAAUAUUCAACACUUUUCUCUACUUUCACUAUGACUUUGUAAGGCAAAACAUCCCAGAGACUUAAGACCUCAUUCUACUUCUCCUUAAUCACUCAAAAGCCAAUCAUUUCACAAACAGCAAUUAUUUACAAUCAGAAUAGAAGACCCCCGUGUAGCUCAGUUGUUAGAGCAUGGCGCUUGCAACGCCAGGGUUGUGGGUUCGAUUCCCACGGGGGGCCAGUAUGAAAAUGUAUGCACUCACUAACUGUAAGUCGCUCUGGAUAAGAGCGUCUGCUAAAUGACUCAAAUGUAAAUGUAAAAUGUAAGGGGAUUUUAAUGAUGCUUCACAAAAUGCACUCACUGAGUACAACUUCUGCUGUGUCUUGAUUCCCUGACUGACUCACUGAUCCCCUGUUUCUGUUGUCCAGGUGAUAGAGAAGAACUCCAGUGGCUGGUGGUACAUUCAGAUUGAAGACAAAGAGGGCUGGGCCCCCAUUACCUUCAUCGACAAAUACAAAAAGACCAGUUUGACACCCGCGCCCUAACUUCCUGGCACCUCUGCCCAACGAGAUGGCCCAGCUGAAGCUGGAGGAUGGUGGUGCAGGGCAAGAGGACAGCUGGUCCAAACCGCUGCCAGACGAGCCCACCGCGAGCAGCGAGUCUGGAGCCCGGCCUAAGCUCAGAGACUGGAAGUCCAGCGCCAGUAAGGUUGCAUCAGCCUUCUCCGGACCCCUGCCCCCCGCCCCGUCUGCCCCACCUGCUGAGGAGAAGCCAGCCUUGCCACCUCGCAGGGAGUCCAUCAACAAGAGCCUGGACAUUGAGAUUACUGUGGAGAAACCCAGGCCAGACCUAUCCAAACCCAUGCCUCCGAAACCCCCAGCCCCUGGUGUCAUCAUGCCCCUGCUCACCCCCAAAACUGCCCCCUUCAAGCCCGACAAGCCCCCCGAGCCCAAGAGAGAGGUCGCAAACAAGCCUCUGCAUCUGAAGAAUGAGAUGGGUCUGGAGUGUGGUCACAAGGUCUCCGCCAAAGAGGUGAAGAAGUUCAACCUGAAACAUGUGGCUAAGCAACCGCCCAAGCCCAAGCCUGAUCCACCGGAGGAGAAACCAGAGGUCGCCAGCCCUGCACUGUUCAUGAAGCCCAAACCUAUAGUCCGGCCCAAACCCGGCCCAGCUGCCAAGACAGAACCGCCAGCUGACAACAAGCUGGACAUCACCAACCUGAGGAGCAAGCUGAAGCCUUCAAAGCCAGUUGAACCAGGCUCUGGAUCAGCAGAGCCAAGCCAGCAAAACGGCACUGCAGCCAACAACGGCCCUAGCAACAUUCUCCCCAAGAUGCCGCCACCCAACCUCCCCCCUAAUAAUGCUUUACCCAAGAUGCCCCCUCCUAAUAAUGUUCUCCCCAAGAUGCCGCAUCCCAACAGCCCC